AGGGAGGUAGAGAGGGAGGGAGUGCAUUUAAAUGUGAAACCGUUUACUGCUAGAGAGAGAAACAAAGGAGGGAAAAUAGAUCGUGUAUUUAAAUGUACCGCCUCUGGUGAAGCAGUAAUAAAGUGAAGCUGCGGCAUUGGUGAGAAAGAGCAUUUCCAGCUCCGCAGCCUUCAGUUUCUCAGCGUUAUCAGCAUCAGCAAGAGUUUCUGCUCGGAGCCCAAGGAGCAGACGCCGGGGGAAAACUUCAAAACUGAGCUGCUGGCAGUCUGGUGACAGCAGAGAUUUUAUAUGAUCUGAUAGGAAGUGCUGUAGCCUGGUUUUCAGAUAAAGGGACAUUCUGCGAAGCUGAACGAUGAACCAAACUGCGUCCGUCUCUCAUCAGAUUGAGUGUCAACCAGCCAAAGAUGUCAAGGAGUUUGUGGACGUCAGCCCGCCGCAGAGGAACUGGAAGGGCAUCGCCAUCUCUCUGCUGGUGAUCGUGGUGGUCUGCUCGCUCAUCACCAUGUCCGUGGUCGUCCUCACACCGACGGAGCUCCCUGGCAGCAGCAGGUCCAGGCUGACUGUGGCGGAUCUGCACAAACCGGAGUUCAGCGUGCACGACCCCGAGGCCACGUGGAUUAGCGAUGCUGAGGUGGUGUACAGGAACCGCGACGGUCAUGUCAUCAAGUUUAACUUUGCCUUGAACGAGACGGAGUUAAUUCUGAGCAACAGUACAUUUGUGGCUUUCAAGGUUGCGAAGUACUCGCUCUCUGCAGAUCUGAAGUACGCCCUCUUCGCCUACGAUGUCAAGCAGAUGUACAGAUAUUCGUACACGGCGUCCUACAUCGUUUACAACAUCUACACGAGGGAGGUGCGGGAGCUGAACCCUCCGGAGGUUCACAAUGCAGUGCUUCAGCAUGCAGCCUGGGGAAGACAAGGACAACAGCUGAUCUACAUUUUUGAGAAUAACAUCUACUACCAGUCAGAUGUGAGGAGUAACUCCCUGAGAAUCACCUCCUCUGGGAUGGAGGGCGUCAUCUUCAACGGUCUCGCCGACUGGUUGUACGAAGAGGAGAUUCUGCGCUCACACUUGGCUCACUGGUGGUCACCUGAUGGAGAGAAACUGGCUUUCCUCACCAUUAAUGACACGCUGGUACCUAACAUGGCUCUGCCCCAGUUCACCGGCAGCACCUACCCACGAGGACUACAGUACCCAUAUCCCAUGGCCGGCCAGACAAACCCUGCAGUCAAGUUGUCUGUGGUCAACCUGUUUGGAGCAACUCACACUCAGGAACUGCAGCCUCCUGAACAGCUCAGGCUCAGGGAUUUCUAUGUCCCCAUGGUGAAGUGGAUCAGUAAUACUCACCUCGCUGUGCGGUGGCUCAAUCGGGCCCAAAACGCUUCGCUGCUGACGGUGUGCGACGCCACCGUAGGAGUCUGCCAUCAGAGACACGAGGACUCUUCGGAGGCUUGGCUCCCCAGACAGAGACAGGAGCCGCUGUUCUCCAAGGACAGGAGCAGGUUUUUCCUCACUCUGCCAGUGAAACAAGGAGGUCAGGGAGAUUUCCAACACAUCACAAUGUUCACCAAGAAGUUACGAAGUGACCAGGAUGAGGUUCGCCACUUGACGUCAGGCGACUGGGAGGUGACGAAAAUCGUAGCUUAUGAUGAAAACAACCAGAUCAUAUACUUUCUGAGCACAGAGGACUCUGCACAACAGAGACAUUUAUACAGUGUGUCCGCCCUCGGCCUGUUUCCACGACGAUGCCUCACCUGCGGACUGAAGGAGGAGUGUACGUUCUUCGACGCCAACGUCAGCCCCGAUGCACAGCAGGCCGUCCUGCACUGCAAAGGUCCUGGUGUUCCAGCUGUUCUCCUCCUGAGUUUUGAUGAUGUGGACUCGUAUUUCAUCCUGGAGAACAACUUCCCUCUGCGGUCAGCGAUGGAGACUAAAAGGACGGUUCAGACGGACAUCCGGAUGAUCACUAAUGACAACUUUGAGCUGCCUCUGAAGCUCAUCUAUCCCCCCGACUUCUCUGAGUCCUACCUCUACGGCCUUCUCCUCAUUGUCGGCAGCUCUCCAGGCGGUCAGGCGGUGACGGAGGAGUUCCGGUUGGACUGGGACUGGGUGCUGGUGGGACUGGAGCAGGUCAUUGUGGCGCGGCUGGACGGCAGGGGGUCGGGGUUCAGAGGGGAAAGGGUUUUGCAGCAGGUCCAUCAGAGGCUCGGCACAGUGGACACAGAGGACCAGAUAGCAGCUCUGGAGUACCUGGUGAAGCUGCCGUUCAUCGAUCGCACUCGAGUCGGAGUCUUCGGAGAGGACUACGGCGGCUACAUCACACUGAUGAUGCUGAAGUCCACGGAGAAGCUGAUCACAUGUGCGGCGGCUCAGGCUCCCGUCAUCGACUGGACCAUGUAUGCUUCAGCGUUCUCGGAGAGAUACUUAGGCUCGCCUUCGACCGAGGAGAGCAGAUACCAAACAUCCAAAGUCCUGCCCAACAUGAAAGGUCUGCAGGGAGGAACUCUGUUUCUGGCUCACGGGACUGCUGACGCAAACGUCCACUUUCAGCAUUCAGCAGAGCUCAUCAAACACUUGAUAAAGAUCGGGGCCAACUAUACUAUGCAGAUCUACCCGGACGAGGGACACUUCCUGUCGAGACGCAGCCAUAUUCAGCUGACUCACUCCUUAAUCGGUUAUUUUAGAGGAUGUCUGCUCGACACAUCAUCAUUACUCGACCAAGAACGGGACGACGAGUGAGAGGGAACGUGGUUGUUAUUGGAGUCUGUGUGUGUCCGUUUUUUUUGUUUUAUUUUUUACGUGUGUGUAUAUAUGAGCGUACAUGCCCCUGGUAGAGUGAGUUCGAGCGUGUGUGUGUGUUUUAUACCUGUAGCACAAUGUUUGACGGACAAAACAAGCUUAUUCGUAACAUAUCAGGCUCGUUUCUGUUGCUCAUCUCUUCAGUAGAAUAAACAGAUCUGUCUUCAGGUGUCAUGAUGCAAUUUUCAGUCAGGAUGCUUUGAAAAGAUGGGUUACAGCCGUCGGUAGCGGCCUGACAAGGAGGUUAUCAGUGGCGGGAAGUGAAAUGUUAUCGCUUCUUCUACCCGACAGAACAGAGAAGUGCCAAGUUGGAGUUGUAUAGGAGGGAAAGAGAGUAAGAAACAGGGGGUGACGACGUUCUUUCUUAAGAUAUUGGUAACCCGUUGUCCAAACAAGCGUCUUUCUGUACAGUCUCCACAUAAUUUUAUGACACGAAAACAAUUUCUGACAGGUUUCCAUGACGUGGACACAAACUGAAACGUGCUGCAGCAGCAAGAUGUAAAUGAGCCAUUUUAAUGUCACGUAAAGGUCAGUAAUAGUUAAUUGUUGGCAAGUGCUCGUGGUUAAGUUUAGGCAAUUAAAACAUAGGUUAGCUUGACAUUUCGGGUGAUGGCUGAGCAGGAAAAACUAGCUGAAUGUAAAGAAAUUUAACUUUAAAGUCCCUGAUUUGGCAGCAAAUCUUCAAUAUUCCUCCAAAAGAUUCAAAUUUCAGGACUAAAUAAGGUUAAAAAAACACCAUUGGGUUUUAUUUAUAUAGCAGUAUUUAAUUUUAACACUUAACUCAGCUCCACUAAUCCGUUUUAUCAGGACUGUGUAGAUGUAGUGUGAUAAGAUUUGAUUAACAGCGACCAAAUAAUCCACAUCAGAUCCUGAUUGAUGCCUUUUAUUUCCAGUGGAGUUCUGCCUACUUUAAACUAGAGGAAAAAAAAGCAAAGACAGAAACAUGAAUCAUUCAUGUGAAAUAACCAAAACUGUUCCAACAUUAACAGAACAUUUUGGAUCCUUGUUGCUCAAAGUAAAAAGCUGAUUGAGAACAUUUGUUUUAGGGUAGCAAGAAAAAAAAGUUAAAAAUGAAAAUUCUCAGCUUUUGCAUUUUGUUUGUAUCUUCUUUUGCUCUGCAGAAACAUACGUCUUUCCUUGUACUCAGUGAAAGAAGGUUUUUGCAUUUCAUGGCUUUGCACUAAAAAAUUUGUGAGACCAGACUGCCUCUAUUAACUAUAUUUGGUAUUCUGAAAUGGACAACACAGUCAGCCUUCAGUGAAAGGGACUGAAACCAUAGAAAACAACUGAUAGAUGUGCACUUAUGGUUCUGCCUUUCAGAAUGCUUUUUGCCUGGUGAUAAAUGGAUUUUUUUUAGCAGCUUUUAGAAGCUUUCUCUAAACAAUGAGUGUUCUUGUUUUGAUGCAAAUGACACCAGUUUGAUCCCCCAGUUAGACAUAUAGCCACUGCUGUUAAAAUGCAUCAUUGAUCUUCCAAAUCUUCCAGUAAGAACAGACAAGACAUUUGUAUUAAAGAGUGAUCAGAUCUUAGAAGAGUUUUUGGUCUCGAGGGAUCAUUUUCAUCAUCUGCUGCUACCUUUUCCUAUAAACAAAGCUUCCUUAAGUAUUUCAGGAACGAGCCUGAAUUAGUGGUCGUCUGAAAGUAUUUAACUCUUACAGGACAGCAUGUUUAACCAACCAAAAAGCAAACUUGGUUGGCUCGUCAAAAACCUCUCAGAAAACCUGCGUUCUUUGGGUUUUUAGCAUCAGUCUCGUGUAUUCGUUCGGAGCAGCUUGCCUGUUUUCUGGUUGCAGGUUUGUAGAUUCAUCCAGCCUUUAGACAGCAAUAGAGCUAAACAUAUGUACAGAACUUUACAUCACAGGAUCUCUUUUUUAUUACACUUUGUCUCCUUCUUGGUGUCAUUGUUCAACUGAGAUUUACUUAGAUAUUUGAAACAAACUCUUUGUUGACACAUAAUUUAAAGAUAUCUAUGUAAAGAUUCAACUUAAAGGGGCUUAAGUGGGGUUCUCCCUUUGCACAAAAUGUGUUAGCUACUCAUAGUUUGGCCUAUAUUAUGUUUUUGAAUAAAACUUUCUUGUAAAAAAACAAAGCAAACAACAUAUUGUGAAACCAAUCUGCAGCAGGCUUAUUGCAGUUUCAGUCUUUUACAUGGUGAUUUAUAACCUUGUCACAAGGAGUUUGUGUUGAAUUCCUGCUCUAAUGUUCUCAUGUCUCAUGUGAAAAUGUAGUUUCAUGUUUUGAUAAUUGCAGACCACUAUAAUUUAAAGGGGAACAGAUGGGACUUUUUUCUAUGUUUUUAUAAUUUCUAAUGGUUCCCAGAAUGGUUAUGAAUCACUUAGUGUCCCUUUAAUCCUCAGAUGAUUAAAGCGCUUAUUUAAUUUGGUUAUGGAAAUGAUUAGUUUUUGGAAAUUUGGUUGAUUUUUUUGAUUAAAAUGUGUCAUCUACUGUUUUAGAUAAAUACUUUUGAGUACAAGUGCUGAGUCUGUGCAUUUCCAGCUGCUUUAAAAUUUUGUUUUUUGCUGUUCACUGCAAGUUGUACCUCUCAGUUUAGAAACACUCACAGGUUAUCCAUAAAGCAUUACAAUAAAAGGCAUCAUAAGUGUUAUGGCAACACGGCGCCUGAGAGCAUCCAGCACUGUGAUUGUGGGUAUGAGAGUGAUUCAGACAAUUACUGUCGGCCGCACACGAGUGCCAUUAAUCACAGUGAUGAAUGUCCUCUCAGCUUUUAGACAUGAGGAGCCAACAUGUGUUCAGUCUGGAGUUUAAUUUUCAAUCUGCUGUGAACACAUAAGAAUAAAAAAAAACAUGACAGGACAACAAUGAUGGCAGCAUAUCUGUGAAGUUAGAGUUGGUAUGAAUUGAGGUGGUAAUCCCCGAACUGCAUGGCUAGCAGAUUGGUUGCCAUGCCAACCACUUUGGUAGCCUUGGAUACAGCUACAUCUCAUAAUUCAUUUAAAGUUGAAACAUCAUGCAACAUCUUCAAAGCCGUGUGUGUGUGUGUGUUUUUUCUGCCUCUCCUAAAAACAGCGAAGAAACCCGACCUGCUGAACUGUGCUGAACAUCCUCCCCUCUGGCUGCGCUUUGUAACAUUUGAUGCCACAUUUGAGUCCAAUUUAAAGAAACAGUCUGUGAAGUCAUGGUUAUUGUUUCUAUCAGGGUUUGUACUGUGAGUUUAACUUGAUUUUCUUCAGGGGGAAACAUUGUGGGUGUGGGAUGAAUAAAGCUUAUUGUAUUUUUUGGCUGUUUUAAUAUUAAAGAACUAUGAACAAGCUA